AUGGACAUCUCAAAAACAAGCAGAUCUUCGAAGUCUACAUUCCAUAACACAACUUUUGAUAUAAAUAUAUCAAUUCAUGUAGAUCGUAUCGUUGGAUCAGCAAGCAUCUCUCCAUCUGGUCGUGAUGUUGUUCUUGCAUCUACCGAUGGUCUGGAUAUAAUUGAUCUUGAAAAUCCUCUUCAACCCCCUCGACAUUUUCGAAAUGGGCUCCCUUGGCUUGUAGCUGAUGUACAAUGGUCACCAUUCGCAGCUCGAGAUUAUUGGGUAGUAAGCACAGCCAAUCAAAAAGCACUCGUCUGGAACCUUAAUAAACAUGGAGAUGCAAAUGGCUGUGUCGAGCAUACUCUCUAUGCCCACAAAAGGGCCAUAACCGACAUUAAUUUUUCAGCACAUCACCCAGAUAUUCUCGCCACAUGUGCUGUUGACGGUUAUGUGCACACGUGGGACUUAAGGCGGCCAAAGAAGCCUGUCAUAACUUACACAGAUUGGUUUGGAGGAGCAACUCAGGUCAAAUACAACCGACAAGACUCUCAUAUAAUCGCUUCAUCUCAUGAUAAGUGGCUUAGAAUUUGGGAUGAUCGUAAUAGUGCUACGCCUGUAAAGUCAAUCGAUGCACAUGCAUCCAAAAUUUAUGGAGUAGACUGGAACAGAAUAGAUUGCUCAAAAGUUGUGACAUGCUCUUUGGACAAGACCAUCAAAUUUUGGGAUUAUACUAGAGAUUUUGAUGAACCAGAACGUGUCAUACACACCAAUUUCCCCGUAUGGCGGGCUCGUCAUACUCCCUUUGGAUAUGGAAUUUUGGCAAUGCCACAAGACGCACCCGGAGAUCUACACCUCUACGAUCAAAGGGUGGCUAACGAGGACGGAGUUAACGGCUGUGACAAAGCUGUCAAGGUGUUUCAAGGUUGCCACAAUGCUAAGCUUAAAGAAUUUUUAUGGCGAAGUAGAGGAGAUAUUUUAGAUGAUGGCACCGAUGCUCGGGAGUUUCAACUUGUCUCUUGGGGCGAUGAUAACAAACUACGACUUCAAACAGUUGGCCCUAGUGUUCUUGCGGGAGUUGGGUAUGUCAGGGGGACUCAGGCCCACAAAAAUUUAAAUGUUACCCGGAAAGGAGCUGCUUAUAAAACAUUCCGGGUUAUUGAGAAAAAUAUCGUGGAAAAAAAAGUUCCAACUAUCACUUUGCAGCAGUCAACGAGUUAUGCCCCAAAAAUUAAAUCUCUUGGAGAUGGGGCGAAAAAAAUGUUUGCCCCAAAGAUAACGAAGUCAAGCACUACACGUAAAGCUAAGCAUAACAUUGCCAUGAAAGUAAACGAUGGAACCGUACGAGAAUACCAAAUUCAGCAAAAUGUUGACUGGAUGAGCGGUAUUAGGAAUUUUAAGCCCUACCAUUUACUAUCUAAAAGUUAUCCAAGGUAUUUGUCACCAAGUCCUCAGGAAUGGAAUGAUAAUAGAGAGUGGGAAGAACAGGAGAGUUUGCACGACGAAAUAAUUCGCAUCCACAGUGAGCUUUCCACGAUCACUUUUGAUCGUGUAGACAUGGACAAGCGUACCGUAGUUGCCUCCUUGAAUGGGCCAUGGGCAGAGGACGAAAGUCUAGCUUAUACUAAAGUUACCAUUAUUUUCCCACCGUCAUACCCUGGAACUAAACCACCCAUCUUCACUAUCAGCAAGAGCUCUUUGAUGUCAAAUUUGACCCAUUCCAAAAUAAGGAGAGAUGUUAUGCAUAUAGCAAAUAGUUUUGCAGCUCGGGGUCAGGGAUGUCUAGAAACUAUUUUCCGCUACCUUCUUGGGGACAUUAAUCUCAAAUUUUCCACAUCUUGCGUGCAAGCCGAUUUUUCGAACGAGACGCUAUCACUCUCAGAAGAGAGCUUUAGCGAUGAUGAGGACAAUUUCGCUGUCGGUGACUCUUUCAUUCUUUCUGAUGAUUUUGAUACAAGUACUAGCGAUAGAAUUUUACCUGUUAACAGAAAUGCAAACAUCCCCAUCCCUCGGCUAUGUGGUGCAUCCUUUUCUGCAAGUGGAAAGCUCGUUUGUUUUUUUCCUCCAAAAGAAGAUAAAGUGAAAUCCCUUCUGGCAACUGUGGCUGCCAGAAAUAAAAUUCGCCUUAAAGGUAACUUAUUUAUGGGAAGUUUUGGUCGACUUCCGAGUGAAAUUACACCGGUUGGGUCAAAGACUAUAGAUUCAUCGACUGCUUUCGAUGUGCUAAGUGACUUCGGAGAUUCAGAUCACAAAUCUUCUGAUUCGAGCGACUCUGAUAGCUCCAUUCAAUGUCAGCGACCACUCUUUUUGAAAUACAUGAAUGAACAUAUUCGUUCGCUGAAAUCUAACCCUCCAACAACGGAUUCUUUAGCCUCUAGUGCAGCAGCAGCUGGCUCUGGUACUGGCAAGCGAAAGACCAGACCUAAAAAUACAAUAGCUUUCUAUUCAAUCACAGAUAUAAUUCCAAGUAAGAUUGAGUUUGCCAGAGAUUACGUUAUUUUUGGUAAAAGCUCAGAAGUAUGUGAACACAAUGCGACUAUAGCUGAGAAGUAUGGCCACCAAGAUCUUGCAGAAAUAUGGAGAUAUGCAGCUACGAUUCUUCACAAUACACUCACACUGAAAUCUAAUGGGCGAGUUUAUGACCGCGGAACAAUCUAUACGCACGCUGAUAGGACAGUUCAAAGCAAUUUUUAUUUCCACACCAAUAAUUUCUCCAAUGUAUCGUGCAAUAUCAUAAAAUGGCGUAGUAGCUACUUGAGACGCGUAAACUGGGGCAAACAUCCUCUUGCAGCGCCGUUGAUUGAUAAAAUUUUUGAUCACUUUGAAAGAAAAGCCGAUAUCCAGAUGCUUGCCUUACUAUCUUGCAUCUUCUGUGAACCAUCGCCGACCAAAGAUCAAGCCACCAAACCAGUGAGAAUACAACCACAGGUUUCAUCGAUGGAGAUGACGGAUAACUUCGAUCGUAUUUCCAAGGAUACUACAAAUCAUCGUAUGUUGGAAAGAAUUUUUUAUCGAUCGGGAAUAUCGACGCCCAAACUGUUCCAAAGAUCUUCGGGACGGGAUGUAUCUGCUGAUUCGCUUUCUAAGACAUGGAUUUCUAACCCCGCUCUAGAAUGUCAAUGUGGUGAUGCGUCUCUAAUUUCGACUCAGCCGAAGCCACUACCCACAAACUGUAAGUCGCAAAGCCUUUCGGUCUCUCCUGAAGCUUCAGGUAAGACUUUCAGAUCCAUCCAAUCCUCAGUUGGGCUUGCUUCAACUUUUGCUGCAAACUUUUCUAGGUUUGCUUCGUCAUCCACGUCGCCACCCAAGCCUGCGGCUAAUCGUAAGAAAAUAUCGCCUGUCGAGCAAAUAUUAUCUUCUCUUGCUCCCAGUUCCAUCACUUGGGGCAAUGCUACCGUUCCAAGCCGCUUAGUAGAUGAUAAGAAUAAAAAUCCACUGAUAUCUUCGGCACUUCAGAUUACUUCUAAGGCCAGACCGUGCACUGGCAUUAAGGUGAUACAAGACCGGGAUCUGCAGGGACAUUUUGACAAAGAAGGCCAUGCGACUACAACCCUUUUAAACAGCAAUCAUUCCUCACGCUACUUACAUUAUCGAGCUUUGUAUGCCGAGUUACUUUACCUUUGGGGAUACCCAAUCGGUCGCUUAGAAGUACUCAAAUCCACUCCGGCGACGCCAGCUCCUGGGCUAGAGGGCUCGAUUAUCUCGGCCCACACCGGUCUCAACGUUAUUGGAUAUUGUAUUAAACAUGAGUGUAGUCUCGAGCGUCUUCCAAACAGUACUGAGGGCGAUGCAGUUGGAAGAUGUGAGCAGUGCAAGUUGACGCAGCGCCAACUUCGGUGCACUAUUUGCCUAGAGCCUGUUAGCGCUCUCUUUGCCCCUUGUCUGGCUUGUGGUUGUGUUAAUCAUGUCGAUUGUCUCGCUGCGUACAUUGCCGAUGGGUCCUGUUUUUGCCCUGGUGGUUGCGAUUGUCAAUGCACAGUCAAAAGUUGCAUGGAAUACUUUGAUGGCUAG